AUGAUUUCUGAUCAUUGGGAUACGCUAGGAGAUUCUGGGUAUUCCAUUCAUGGUAAACUUAAAUCAUUGCGUUAUGUGAUCAAGAAAUGGUAUCACUCUAGUGAAAAGCUAGAGGAAAAAAUUAAAGCCUUGGAAGCACAACGAGACUCCUUAGCAGGUUCAACAUCUCAUUCCACAGUCAUACAUGAAAUUGAAGGCAAAAUUCAAGAGUUAUACAGGGAACAAGAUCAAAUUCUUCGUCAGAAAGCAAAGCUUGACUGGGAUUCACAAGGAGACGGUAAUACAAAAUUCUUUCACCGUGUGGUGCAAUACAAAAUCAAACAGAAUCAUAUACGCGGUCUCUUACAUGAGGAGAAAUGGCGCUUAAACAACAAAGAGGCUGUUGAACUAGAAAGAGAAUUUACAGUUGACGAACUUCAUGGUGCUCUAAUGAAUAUGAAUCCAAAUAAGUCUCCAGGACCGGAUGGCAUCUCAGUUGAAUAUAUAAGGAAGCUGUGGUUCAAAAUGCACCAUGACAUUUUCCGGAUGGCUCAAGGUUUUGCUCAGGAAGGUCCGGUGGUAGCUUGUUCUGGAUAUGAAGUAGAAUUAAAAGCUCCAGUGGUAAUGAUGAAACAUCUUCAAUACAAUAAGCUUGGAAUUCGCUCAUGCCUUGUCUUUACAGACUCUACAAAUUUAGUGCAUAAUUUCUAUAAGUUUAGAUGUGGAGUUUAUUGGGAUCCUUUAUUCAAUGAGCUGAAAGAUAAUAAUUUAAUACACAAGGUCUCACUUAUCUUCAUCCCAAGACACCUCAACCAAAUUGCAGACGAGUUUGCGAAGCAAGGUGCCAAGAGAGAAGCCAUGAUUGCUGCAUGGUAUACACCCUAA